UGAAAUUCAAAAUACAAACCCCGCCAAACGAAUCCUACAUUCACACCAUGUUCUUCACUCCAUCUUUCUAACUCGUUCUUCAAACCCUAGAAUUCGAUACUCUCUCUCUCUCUCUACACCGUCCUCCAUGGAAAUUCAAAUCGAAUAAGAAUUAUAUUUUCUAGGUCAAAAUUGAGGGAAUGGACGUAGGUAUGAUAUCGGUGGACCGGUGGUCCGAAGGCAGCCAAGUGUAUUUCCUCACACACCUCCACGCCGAUCACACCAAUGGCUUGUCUUCAACCUGGAAACGAGGCCCUCUCUUUUGCUCUCGCAUCACUGCCAAGCUCUUCUCCUCCAAGUUUCCCGGUUUCAAGCUCUCUCUGCUUCGAAUUUUAGAUGUCGGUCAAUGGAAUUCAAUCCCUUUGGUCUCUCCAACCACCGAAUCGAACACUACCGUCGAUGUUAUCGCCAUCGAUGCUCAUCACUGUCCAGGCGCAGUCAUGUACUUGUUUCGUGGUGAGUUUGGGUGCAUGCUUUAUACAGGGGAUUUUCGCUGGGAAACAACUAGUAAGAGGGCAGAGAUUGGAAGGAGCAUGCUUCUUAGUGCUCUUGGGAAUGAUAAAGUUGACAUUCUUUACUUGGACAAUACUUACUGUAAUCCAUCAUAUUCUUUUCCUUCUCGAGAAGUUGCUGCUCAACAGUUACAGGUUGUUGAUGUGAUUGCCUCUCAUCCUGAACAUGACAUCAUUAUCGGUAUAGAUUCUUUGGGAAAAGAAGAUCUUUUACUUCACAUUGCACAAGCGCUGAAAAUAAAGAUUUGGGUCUGGCCAGAACGCCUGCAAAUUAUGCAUCUUCUUGGGUUCCACGACAUCUUCACAACUAAAGUUUCUCUAACGAGAGUGCGAGCUGUCCCUCGCUACAGUUUUAGAAUCGACACACUGGAGGGGUUAAAUAUGAUGCGUCCAACUAUAGGGAUUAUGCCAUCUGGCCUUCCAUGGAAACCCCUUGAAGGGAACACCAAUGUUUUUGGUUCGUCUUCUCGCCAUAGCAGAAGCAAAUUGAGUACAAAAGUUGGGAGCCACACAGAUAUGCAUAAACCUAAUGAUAAUUCAAGAACUGUGGAAAGUUAUCAUGAAUACAUAUAUACAGUUCCAUAUUCUGAUCAUUCAUGCUUUGCUGAGAUAAAGGAGUUUGUUAAGCUUGUCCAGCCAACCAACUUGAAAGGUAUUGUGUCUUCCUCAAGUUCUUAUGUUGAUCCUCUUUACUAUUUUGGCCGCCUUCCGGGAGCAAAUCUACAGUCACAAGGUUUACGUCAGAAUUUUGUGAGAAAAGGCCAUGAAAGAGUUAAAGAUGUCCUUAACAAAUCUACUCUUCGAAGUGAUAAUUCUACUGAAGCUGGAAUGAAAAGAAGAAGCAAGAAAUAUGAUUUUUUAGGUGUUCAUGUGAGUAGAGUUAGUAUAUUGAGACGACUAAGGCGUGGUGCAAAAAUAUUGGAACUUGACUGACUUGAAUAGUUAAGAGUUGAAUUUUGGCAUUAUGUUACACUGAAACUAAAUGGCUAAUGUUGAGUGUGCUACUUCAUCUGAUAAUACUUGUAUAACGUUCCGAAAUUCAGUGAAAUUACAGGAAGAGUUAUGAACUGUGCACAGAUUGAUACUACGGACUAUCAGAAUGGAUAUGAAUCUUGAGGUUUAUAAUUGGACCUUAUUAUGUCUUACACCUCUUACACUUUGGGCUCAAAAGGAUCGGGUAUCCAAGACGCAGAUUGGGAUCAGGCGUAGAGUUGGAGAACUAUAUAUCUUGGACAGCUUGCAUGUUCCUCUAGAAGUGUCUUCUACUGGAUUGUCUUCUUUUUGUUUAAAUAGUAAGUCUUCUUUAUCUUAUAUUUGGCAUUCUAGGUUAGGUCAUUUGUCGGGUGACCAUUUGAGGAUGUUAGUUCGGUCUGAACAUUUAGGCAGUUUUCCAAUUGAUAAUAUUUCUGAGUGUCGAGGUUGUAAAUUGGCUAAAAUGUCUGCUCUUUCUUUUAAUAAAAGUAGUUCUAUUUCUUCUUUUCCUUUUCAUUUGGUUCAUACUGAUGUUUAGGGUCCUUCUCCUAUAGUUACCAAGGGUGGUUCGCAAUAUUAUGUGUCUUUUGUAGAUGAUUAUAGUUGAUUUACCUGGGUUUAUUUGAUGAUCCGAAAAUCUAAUUUUUACAAAAUAUAUUCUAAUUUUCACUCCAUGAUUCGCACUUAGUUUUCCAUCACGAUCAAAGUUCUUUGUUCUGAUUUGGGGGGUGAGUAUUACUUGUUUGAGUUUGAGGAGUUUUUAACUACUCAUGGCACUAUUCAUUAAUCUUCGUGUUCUGACACUCCUGCCCAAAAUGGUCGAGCUGAGCGCAAAUAUUGCCACCUUCUUGAUACUGCUCGCUCUUUGUUGCUCUCGUCUUUUGUCCUUUCUAUUUUUGGGGGAGAAGCUAUGCUCACUGUUACUUAUUUUGUCAAUUGAAUGCCUACUCCUCUUCUCUCAAGCUCAUCUCCGUAUGAGCGUCUUUUUGGUGUUACUCCCAAUUAUUCUCUUUUUCGUAUUUUCGGUUAUGCAUGCUUUGUGCUCCUUCCUAAACGGGAGUGCUCUAAGCUUAGUUCUCGUUGUGUCUUAUGUGUCUUUUUAGGAUAUAGCAUUACUAAGAAAGGUUAUCAGUGCUAUGAUCCUACCACCAAAAAGCUAUAUGUGUCUAGGCAUGUCACUUUUUUAGAAAAACUAUCCUACUACACUAUACCUUCCACCGCUGUCCCUAUUACCAAGGAUGAAUUGGUUCACGUUGACCCAUUUCCUCCUGAUGUUUCUCUUGAUGAGUUUGUUUCUGAUCUUAAGGUCUCUACUUUGCCUCUUACUAGCACUUCUACUAUCUUGCCAGGCACUUCCUCUCCCCGCUCCAGCUUCCCCUGCUCCUCUUCUUGUUUAUCAGUGCUGCAAAGCACUUCGUAGCUCGCCUGUCUCUAGCUCUAUUGUCUAGAGAUGGCAAUUUGAACCCGGCCCGAUGGUGACCCGAUCCCCCGACCCCGAAUUGAGCAGUUUUUCUCCGAAAAAUACUCCCGAUAGGCCGGGGAUGGUAUUCAAAAUUAAAUCCCCGAUAAUAUUCGGGCCGGGGAC